UGGAAUUAGUGCACUGAAUCAGUCAGUAUACAGGUACAGGAACACAUUCCCCAAAUGGUUUGAGUCCAAUCAGCUUGCAGUCCUGUGCACGCUUACUUGGAAGUAACGCCAUCUCACUCAGCAGGGAAGGUUUGCUUCCCUGGAACUGCAGAGAGACCUUAGGACAGGGGUCAGCAAACGUUUUCAGUUCACUGUCCCUCAGACCGUGUGGGGGGCUGGACUAUAUUUUCUUUUAGGGCGGGUGGGAAUGAACAAAUUCCUAUGAGCCACAAAUAACCCAGAGAUACAUUUUAAAUAAAAGCACACAUUCCACUCAUAUAAAAACAUGCACCGUCCGCGGGCCGGAUUUAGAAGGCGAUUGGGCCGGAUCUGGCCCCGGGCUCUAGCUUGCCUACAAAUGGAGCACGUGCAGCAGAAUGUAGCAGCAGCAGCAGCGCCUGGGCCAAUGGGAGGCGGGGUUUGAAGCGACAGCCCCGCCCCCUCUCGGUGCUACACUCCACGCUGCAGUAACAAGGAACGGCCAAGAGGGUGCGCCCAAGGCAGCAAAGGAGGCCUGUGCGCCUGCGCACUCGGCCUCGCUUCCCGCCCUCAGCUCUCCGCCACACACAAUAUGGCGGUAGGGAGGCCGGCGCCUCUACCCUCGGCACUUUUCCUCAGGUCGCCAUGCUGGUGAGGGCGAGCGCAGCGCUGCGGAGGGGCCUCCCUCGCAGGCUGCGCUUCGGCAGCGAAGGAAGGAGGCUGAGCUGCGGACAGGGCGAGGAAGCGACCGCCGGCUGCUUUCCGCUGAGCCGCGCCUUGCUCCGUUUCCAAGGCCCGGAGGCGGUGACCUUCCUCCAGGGCUUGCUGACCAAUGACGUGACGCGUUUGGCGGCGGCGGAGGGCGGGGCUGCGGACGCGCCUCGCGCCAUCUACGCGCAUGCCCUCAACGUCCAGGGGAGGUGCCUCUAUGACGUCAUUCUGUACAGGUCAGUAUGACGUCACUCUGUACAGAGAGGUUCCCUGCUUUGCAGCUGCAUGGGCGCAUUAGUGAAUGCAAAGUUGUUGGUGUUUGGUCGUUUAGUCGUGUCUGACGCGAUUUUCUAGUCCCCCAUAGGCAUAAUAAUUGCUGCUGUAUAUUAUUAUUUUAAUUAUUAUAAAAAUUAGUAUUGUUGUUUUAAAUUCUCAUUUUUUUAUUAUAAUAGUUUUAAAUUUAUAUACGGCUUUUAAUCCGAAGAUGACAGGUUCAGUUUACAGUAUAUAUAUAUAAGAUGCAUAAAAUAAAUAACAACAAUGGUAUAGUGUUAUUUUAUACAGGGUGAAAAAAAUGCCUUCAGCAGUGCAGAUAUUUGUCAUUUUUAGUCAGGAACAGUUCUUGCAAAGGCUGAUGAAUGCUGCUUCUUCUUUGGCGAUCACUCAUAGCCGAGUAAGAUUGUCUUCCAUAAACACGGUUUUAACAAUGAGUCCAUAAGUGACUGUGAAUUCUGGACCCACACGUCCUUCCACAGUGGGGACAUUGGUUCCCAGGUGUGGAUUUGCAAAGUGUGCCUUCCUCUUAGCACGUUUCUCCCUUGCGUCCUGAGUUCAAGUGUCUUCAAAGCUCAUGACACCUUUGGUAAAGGCUGUUCUCCAACUGGAGCGCUCACAGACCAGUGUUUUCCAGUUGUCGGUGUUUAUACUACAUUUUUUAAGAUUUGCCUUGAGAAUGAUCCAAGAGCAGAACAGGCAGAUGAUAACAAGUGGUUUGUUACAACUGCUGUGAAGGCGGAUGAAGGCUGCAGCAGAUAGGAUCUACCGGUUCAUUGUAACUACUCAUGAUGAAUGCAGUACAGUGGUACCUCGGGUUAAGUACUUAAUUCGUUCCGGAGGUCCGUACUUAACCUGAAACUGUUCUUAACCCGAAGCACCACUUUAGCUAAUGGGGCCUCCCGCUGCUGCCGCGCUGCUGGAGCACGAUUUCUGUUCUCAACCUGAAGCAAAGUUCUUAACCUUAAGCACUAUUUCUGGGUUAGCAGGGUAUGUAACUUGAAGCGUAUGUAACCUGAGGUACCACUGUACAUGAAGUAACAAUAGAACAAAUAACUAUUUAAGUAUAGGGUUAUUGCAACAUAUACGCAGGGUGCCAAAAGCAAAGGAAGGCACUUUUAACAGUCAGUGUCUACAUGCGCUUUCUUGGAAGUUCCACUGAAUGCUCUGGGUCUUGCUCCAAAGUCAGCAUGCAAGACAUUGCGGCUGGAGUCCUGUGCCAGUUUUCUUAAAGGCAAAGCUGGCUCCAGGAUUUGGGGACCCCCUCAGGCAUCGUAUCCUCAGUCAUACGCACUUCCUCCAGUUAGAGUGGUGUAAAAUAAGGGAUUGCAAAACAAAAAAGGACUCUUUACAUGGGUGUCAGGGUUUUGCCUGUUGUGACCAGCCUGUGUAGAACAUGAAUUUUGGCAGAGACCUCUCAAGAACCAAAGAGACUCAUGCCUAGUAGCCAUUAAGAGCUCUCUCCUCCAUGAGUUUGUCUAAUCUUCUUUUAAAACCAUCCAAGUUGGUGAAUUCCACCCAAAUAUACUCAGAGGUACUUAGUAAGCAUCUACAGUGGUCCCUCAGGUUAAGUACUUAAUUCGUUCCGGAGGUCCGUACUUAACCUGAAACUGUUCUUAACCUGAAGCACCACUUUAGCUAAUGGGGCCUCCUGCUGCUGCCGCACCGCCGGAGCACGAUUUCUGUUCUCAUCCUGAAGCAAAGUUCUUAACCUGAAGCAAUAUUUCUGGGUUAGCGGAGUCUGUAACCUGAAGCGUAUGUAACCUGAAGCGUAUGUAACCUGAGGUACCACUAUAUAGCGUGCAGCCUUAAUUUGCUUUGUUUUCUGCCACUGGAAACAAUCCGGCACAAUAUAAGGAAGAGGAGCUUUAAAAAGUUUGAGGUUCUUUGCAGACAGAAAGGAAAGGGACAGAACUGGGAUCAAGGCCUUCCUAUUAACGACUCUUAUUUUCUCCUGAUCUUGGAUCUUUUUCAGAAUUCACGAAAGCCAGCAAGAAGAGCCCCACAUCCUGUUGGAGUGUGAUGCCGGGGUCUUGGAGUCCCUUCAAAAGCAUUUGAAACUGUAUAAAAUACGGAGGAAAGUAAACAUCACCCCCUGCCUUGACCUCUCCUUGUGGGCUGUCAUUCCAAAGGAACUGUCUCAGGAGGGGGCCUGUAAACUCCAACAGUGUGCCGGCAAAGCAGUGGUUGCAACGCCUGACCCCAGAGUGGGUGUUAUGGGUUGGAGGCUGAUAACCAGCAAAGGCACAGAACCACUGGAGGUUGUUCCUGGAUGCCAGAUUGGGAAUGUUAAGGAUUAUCAUAGGCACAGGUAUAAACAAGGUAAAACUGCCCCAAUCUUUGAACAGCUGUUCUGGAAGCAGAAGUUUUGCUUUAUGUAGGCAUUGCACAAUGAUAACUAAACACAUGAACGUUUGCGGAAUUAACACUUAGCGCAUCAAUUGAAUGAUUAUGGUAUUUAUUAUUGUAUUCAUUAAGUUUAUAUCUUGCCCCUUUUCCUGAAGGAGUCCAGGGCAGCAAGCAUAUAAUAAAGCAACAAUAACACCUUCAAAACAUCAGUUCAGAUACUGAUGCCACUUCCCAUUCAAGUGAAUCUCAAAGCAACCUACAAACAAUAAGUUACAUGAUGGGAGCUGUAGUCGAAAACAUUAGGAGGGCACCAUGUUGGGGAAGGCUGAUAUAUAUUAUGAAAGGCUUUCCCCACAUUGCCAACCCUGUAGUGGGCAUAGUGAGAACCAUACCAGAUCUGAUUUUAAGUUUUGUUUUAUAAAUUGCGACAUAAUAUGACCACCGGGCUGUGGUUUUUCCCCACUAAGUUGUAAAAAUAGUUUGUUGGUGGGAAUGGCAACAUGCCUAUAGGAUGAAACAAAACCUAAGGACUCAACUUUCCUGAACAUUAUUUAAAGUGACGUUUAUCAGCUAUCCACCUUGUGAAUGGAAUGUUUGUAAACAAUUAAGCUGACAUUGAGACUGACGCUUGAGUGUGGGGUAGUGGUGACAGUUUGAUAAAUUUGGAUCUGAUUUGUUCUUCCCCUGGCCAAUACAGAAUUUAAUGUAAAUUGUGUGAACCUCCUUGGUGGUGAUCUGCUGGUAUUUGUGCACAAUUUCCAUAAUUGCCAGUUCUCCAAAACAUAAUUUUUAAAAAGAAUUGUGACUCUCUGGAUUCUAAGCAUUCUUCAUUCAUGACAGCAGGUACUUUCCAAACAAACACCUUAUUUUGGAAAUAAUCACUAUCACGGCAUUAAUGUGAACAAAAGACAACAAUUUAGUUAUUUCUGCAGCUGUUAUUCUGGAGGGCGUGGUGACCCUCUAUACUGGUUCACACAGAAGUAUCUUCGCCACAAAGGAGGAUCAUGUUCAGUGAAGCCAUGGAUGCUUUAGCUGAGGUUCCUGCAUUGCAGGGGGUUGGACUAGAGCGGGCAUCCCCAAACUCAGCCCUCCAGAUGUUUUGGGACCACAAUUCCCAUCAUCCCUGACCACUGGUCCUGUUAGCUAGGGAUGAUGGGAGUUGUAGUCCCAAAACAUCUGGAGGGCCAAGUUUGGGGAUGCCUGGACUAGAGGACCCUUUGAGUCCCUUCCAGCUCUAUUCUAUGUCCCAGAAAAGAUCUGCUUUUCUGGCAAACAGAGAAAUUGUUGGAAAGGCCUGAAGGGAGUUCGGUAACAUUCUCAUGAACAAGCAGUUCUGAAGUUAGGAAGGUAUAUGUUCUUCUUUUAAUAAAAACCUGUAUUCGUUUUCUCUCACUAUUGUGUAGUUCAUUCUAAUUUCCUGUCCCAGUCUUCCCUAAGUUGCUGAUCUUCUACUUUACAAGCUUCCAAUAAACAUUCCACAUUUGGGAAGGCUGAAGCACUCAAAGCAGAUGGGCCAUCAAGAGACGACAACAGGUUGUAAUUGAAAAUACUGCCGUUCAGUACUCAUUGGUAAACAGUAUCCAGCCCACAAUAUGAUUAUACUUGCAGUGACUGGCAGAGGAAGUGAUAGAAACCUAAGGGCAAACAUUGUUAUAAAUCUGUUGUGUGUAGAACCAGUUGAGAAUCAGUGCAGGUGCCAGAAUGAAGGUGCUCUUCCCACUGACUUAGCAUCUUUGGGAAUUGGAUCAUAAUGUUUUACCCCAUAAACCACUUAGCUACUCACCAGUAGCAGCACCAAGUGCCAGUCAAACUCCUACUCAAGGUAUGAGUGUUGUUCAACACUUACCUCUUUAUUUUCUCCCUUUUCCAGGUGUGCCAGAAGGAAUUAAAGACCUCCCUUCUGGAAUAGCCCUCCCUUUGGAAUCCAACUUGACUUACAUGAAUGGCAUCAGUUUUACCAAAGGCUGUUACAUCGGCCAGGAGUUAACAGCUAGGACCCAUCAUAUGGGUGUCAUCCGUAAACGCCUCUUGCCCAUACAGCUUUCAACUCCCAUGUCUUCCGAGAGCAUCCCUGAGGGAGCUGAAAUUGUAUUGGAAUCAGGAAAGCCGGCUGGAAAGUACCGUGCCGGAGUAGAUGAACUUGGAGUGGCAUUACUGCGGUUGGCUAACAUAAACGAACCGCUGCAUCUAAAAAUAUCAGGAGAUUCGCACGUGAGAGUCACUGCCUCCAUCCCAAAAUGGUGGCCCAAGCCUGCCAAUAAGUAGAGGAGCUUUGCGCUGUGGAUCCUCUGCUUUGUGUCUUGAAGAUGCCCAAAGAGCUUACAUACUGUUCAUCCAGAAUUACAGUGUUUCCUUUUCAUGAUGGAUCAAUUCAUCUUACACAACAUAAUUCAUUUCAGUGUGGCUUGUCAAGGAGGAGUUCCUGGCUAGUUACACUCAUUUUUUACAUUGGUCAGCAGGGAAGACUAAAGUAUGUUUGCAUUGGCUCUACAGUGGUGCCUCGCAAGACGAAAAUAAUUCGUUCCGCGAGUCUUUUCGUCUUGCUAUGUUUUUCGUCAUGCGAAGCACGGUCUGUCGCAACUGCGCCUCUUCAAGUGGCUUUUAAAAAAAAGCGGAAGACGUUUUCGUCUUGCGAAGCAAGCCCAUAGGGAAAUUCGUCUAGCGAAGCAACGCAAAACCGAAAAACCCUUUCGUCUAGCGAGUUUUUCGUCUUGCGAGGCAUUCAUCUUGCGGGGCACCACUGUAUUAGGUUUCCUAUUAGGACUAUAUAUUUUUUUUCUAAAUUAGCCAAACAGCCUUCACUUUUAUCCAUGCCUUCAUUCCAGAAAGGUUCAGUACAACACAUGAAAGUGGAACUGAGUUCUUAAAACCCCAGGCCACUUUUACCAAAAAGUUUCUGUAAAGGUUUUUCAUGUUACAAAGCAAACGGAUAAACAAGGAAUGUUGCUAAAACCUUGAUGCACAUGUUAGCCUCUUAAAGUAGUACCACAUUUACGGAAGCUUCUGUCUACUUGUGCUGGCUUCCAGUUGCAACAGCCAGCGUACAGAUUUGCACGUAGAGAGUGUAUUUCAAAGCCGUGCCUUGCUCCAGCUCCAAGCAAGCUGAGAAUCCCUGGCCUUGGUGGUGAUUCACCCUCAGAACAGUCACAACUUCCUAGUCAAAAGAAAAAGAAAUGAUUGAACAGCUCUUUGGGUUUCUCUCUCUUGCAGCAGCUGCUCUUGCUGCAGUUGGAAGAGGUCUGAGAUGGGGAAGUCGCUGAUGGAGAAAAAAACGUGUGCAGUAUGAUUAAUAGUGAUUUAUUAUUUAAUUAGAGUGAUGAGAAGUGUGCUGUAGCUACGGAGAGAUUUCUGAAUGGUGCCAUUACUACUUUGGGCAACACUGGAUUGUUUCCAAUCAUCAAACUUGGAGUAGACCUAUUGAAGUGAAUGGACAUGAUUCACUUGGGUCCAUUAAUCUCAGUGGGUAUGCUAUAAGCAUAACUAAUGUUGGAUACAACCCAGUGUUUUUACAGAACUGCACAGCAGCUUUUGGGGUGUGAUAAAAGUAUUUAUUAUAAUUUAUCAAUAUAAAAAAUGUAACAAUCUAUGACAUAAGGAAUUAUAUUAAUCUAUGACAUACGGAAUAAUAGUAAAGAGAAUAACUGUUGCCACCGUGAAAAUCCCAACAGUGAAGUGCUGUGUAAUUUUCUUCUACAAACAUGUUUCUGUUUAUUACUAGGGUUGCAAAUACUUUUAAAUUAAAAUUUAUUGACUGCUGGUUUAUUCUCCGCAGCCCGUUGCUGCUGUUAAUCAGAGGAAACAAAUGUUGCUUGAGGUUUAAAUUUACAGAACUCUAGUUGCAGCUCAUAAAACCCUACCAAAAUUGUGGAUUUGCUUUUCAAAUAAGAAGUUCAAAGACGUUGAAUCAGAGUCCUAUUGCAUAAUUUGCCUUUGUGGUUAGUUAGGAGGGGGAAAGGAUUUAAACCACUUUAGAAAAAAAUUCAAUUUAAGAUAGAGACAAUUUAAGAUAGACACUUCCACAACUUUUAAUGCUUGUGCAAUACCUUUCAUGCACAAGUUAGGUGGUGGUGUGUUGUUCCAUAGAGGUGCAUGCAACUAUGGAAACUUCUGGGGCGCUGGGAAAGAGUGUGUUCACCAGAUAUCACAGGAGCCAAUGAAUGUGACGUCAAGUGCCGAGAAGCCUCCAGGUGACUGUAGCAGCUAGCAUUUGAUAGUUGCUGCAGCUACCUAAAAACCCUUGCCCUCGCUUAUCUGGUAGCUUUUGGCUCCUGCUUGAAACAAGCAUGAUGGUAUGUGAGUAGAUGUGUUCAAUCUGGCAUAAAUACCCAAAUACCUAGAUUCUAUUUUUAAGCCUCAGGCUGGCCUACAAGUUGUAGGUCACUUUUUAAAGGAAUCUAUUCAUAAUUCUCAUUCAAUAGAUGGUGCUUGUUCUGCAAUAGAUAGGGCUGGUGCGACUUGCCUGCCAAGCCCCUGUCUUGGUCUCUGCCAAUGAAACUUUCUUAGCUACAUCCGUGACUAUUUAGCCAUCCUAUCUCCUUUCACUAUGGCAUCUUAACAAUGGCCAUUGCAUGUUCAAUCCACAUGAUGUUAUCAUAUUUGUUAACCUGAGAAAAUAAUGGCAGCUUGAAUUGGAGCAUUGCUGGCAUAGAAUUUCCCCUUCGCCACCAGCUGAUGGAUGAGGCUGAUCAAAGCAUGGGAACUGGGUUACACUGUUCAAGGAGUGUGCAUCUGAGCCAGCGCUUUUGGAAAUACGACUUGGGUUUUUAAGCAGAAUUAUGCAAUGUAUGUCUGUAGGAAUAAAGUUGCUCUUUAAAAGGGCCCAGUCUUAACAAACUGACAGGAACAUCUGUGCAAAAAGCACUUCCAUUCUGCUGUGAACUAUUGCUAUAAAAUGUAAUUGGCAGUGAAAAUAGUUGAGUCACAUACUUGACUGUCAAGAGUCCCAAAAUUCCUGUAGUAGGGGGUCAGACUAAAUAUCAUUUCUAAUUCUACAAUUCUUUGAUUAAAUGCUCUACAUGUCAAUUAAUGCUGUCUGGUAUUUUGUAAUUCAGCUUUUAUGUUUAGCCUGCACUUGAGCUAUGUAGACCGGUGGCUUUCAAUCACUACACUGCCAGCUUUGUGUUUAUUUACUGUAUCUCUGCCAACCUACUCAGAGCAGUUAAAAUAACAGCACUCGAUCCAUCUUUUACUUGAAACAGCUUCAUCAAAUAGUAGGUGUAGAAGCGGCAGUUUGCUUCGCUUCCAACAGUCCUGGAAGUCAGAAAAUCUGCCCUCUCAGGAAAACUAUAAGGGCAGCUUAUAUGGUGUAGCAAAAAAAAAUAUUCUUGCACCUUUAAGAAAGAAAUAUGCUUAUUGUGGCAUGAGCUUUUUGUGAGCAAGAGACCAUGAAAGUUUGUGCCAUUGUUGUAAGCCAAAAAUGACUUAUCUCCUGAGUUUAAGCCAACCCAGAAGCUUGAGGAGUUGAGUCAAACAUUUAUUGCAAAGCAGUAGGUUACAGUUGAAUCAUUCCGCAGAACUGCAACCACGCCCAGUGGUUCAGGCAAUGGUUUUUAUAAAGUUUCAAACAAAGGGUUUCAAUUUUCACCAAUCAUGUACAUCAUUACCUCAUUUUAAGUUUACUACACAUGUGCAAUAAGCACUGGCAGUUUUGCUGAUUCGGUGUGGCUUCUCACUGUGAUCUGUUACAUUGUGUUAGUACGCAUGUUGGGAACCUGUGUUACGUGUAGCCAUUUGCACCAUGUAGCAAUUUAUGUUCCUGCUUUGAGCUGGAUCUUUGUGAUUCACAUAUUAGCUGUAAAGUGGUACCUCGGGUUACAAGCUCCUCGGGUUACAGACACUUUAGGUUACAGACUCCCCUGUAACCUGACACGCGUGUGGUGGGUCCAUGGAGAGCCUUUCUAUUUGACUGGGGUGGAGAGCAGAAUGACAAAUGGUCCUCUCCACAUUGGCCGAAGACAAUUAAUGCAACUGGGGAAGGAGCUUCUGGAACGGCAGCCGCAAGUCAACACUCUGCAGGAGAUUUCCACUCACUUGCUGAUCAAAUCAGGCGGAGGAGAUUAUGUUGAAGCUCA